AAUUGGCUCGCCAUUACUGGUGUAGCUGCGGCCCUUCCCGCCGUUCUCCUCCACGAGUGGAAGCACAGGAGGGCACUGGCCGCUUGUACCGGCCGGUCUUCCCGCCUCAAUCCCACCAAAUCUGUAACAAUGUGGCCCCAGAGGUCUGUCCCGUGUGGCCCCCCAGAGGCCUGUCCCGUGUGGCCCCCCAGAGGCCUGUCCCGUGUGGCCCCCCAGAGGCCUGUCCCGUGUGGCCCCCCAGAGGCCUGUCCCGUGUGGCCCCCCAGAGGUCUGUCCCGUGUGGCCCCCAGAGGUCUGUCCCGUGUGGCCCCCCAGAGGUGUGGCCCCCCAGAGGUCUGUCCCGUGUGGCCCCCAGAGGUGUGUCCCGUGUGGCCCCCAGAGGCCUGUCCCGUGUGGCCCCCCAGAGGUCUGUCCCGUGUGGCCCCCAGAGGCCUGUCCCGUGUGGCCCCCCAGAGGUCUGUCCCGUGUGGCCCCCCAGAGGUCUGUCCCGUGUGGCCCCCAGAGGUGUGUCCCGUGUGGCCCCCAGAGGUCUGUCCCGUGUGGCCCCCAGAGGUGUGUCCCGUGUGGCCCCCCAGAGGUCUGUCCCGUGUGGCCCCCAGAGAGAACCACAAUAAGGAUUCUAGUCCCCGUCUCCCAGGAGAAUCUGGCACCAUGGACCGGAACCCUUCUCCCCCCUCCAGCGAUGAUGAGGAGGCACCCGAGGAUGAUUCUAUAGGUGACACUGUAUACAGCAAACACUGGUUCUUCAGCACCCUGACCCGGCUGAUUGAGGAGGUUUCGGGAGGUGAAUCAUCUGCGGAACAAGAGACUGAGACAGCAGUGGAUCUGGAUGAGGAACUGGAGAGUGAGAUCUGUAAAGUGUGGGACAUGUCUAUGAACCAGGACGUGGCGCUGUUCCUGCAGGAGUUUAAAGCACCAGAGAUUUUAUUGGGAAUCAUCGUUAAGUCUAAAUGCUGCCGUCUUACUGAGAUUUGUGUGGGGAUCCUGGGGAACAUGAGCUGCUUCCAGGAGCCCUGCCUCACCAUCAGCAACAAUGAGAGUCUGGGUGAGGUGGCACUUCUCCUGCUGUCAGAUCCAGAUCCCCCCACGUUACUGGAGACCAGCAGGCUGCUCCUGACGUGCUUAUCCCAGGCGGAGGUGGCGGGCACGUGGGCUGAGAGGUUCCGGAAGCAUCCGUCUGUCAGGGACAACCUGUGCUUUAUCAUGUACAGUUCCACCAAUGUGGAUCUGUUGCUGAAGGUCGGCCAGCUGCUGGACAGACUGUUUGACAUGGAUGAAGACUUGAUGUUGUCAUGGAUACAGAGAGAUUUCAGGGAAUCCAAUUCAGUUACAGACAAUGCGGAGGACACAGCGGCACCAUUGGAAAUGGUUCCCUGCUUAUUGGAGGCCACUAAGCUGCUCAGAUCUGAGAGCCCCAAAGGGCUGGACACUUACCUGCACAUCCUGCACCUGCUCACAACCACCCAAAUAGGCACCCAGGCCAUAGUCCAAUCGCCUGAUGGUGGAGAGGAGAUGUGGGAGUUUCUGUCGGACCUGACCUGCAACGACCUGUGUCAGCCUAAUGACCCCCCACUUGUUGUACAGGAGCAGAAGAGCCUUUUAUCCUCUGUGCUGGCCGUCCUGUCGACCAUGUUUGUCUCGCAGGAAAAGCAGCGACAGAGAAGGGAAAGAAGUUCCCUUGAGCCCAGAUCAGCUGGUGGCGCUGUUGUGUUGAAGUCCUAUAGGAAACACUGUUGGCUGUCACAGGAGGGAGGCGCUUUGCCCCUAAUUAGCAGCCUGUCCCGAGUUCUGGAGAACCUGGAGGAGUGUCAGAAGAAAUGUUCAGAAGAUAAAGCGCACGAGAGCCCAGAUGCUCGCCAGGACGAUUUCUAUUUACAAGUCGUGAAGGACGUGAGCUGCGAAUUCCUCUCCAACAUCCUAUCGGAGCUCAGCAAGGACGAUAUAUUACAAGGGAUCAGCCUGGGGCACAUUACUGAGCAGCGCUGCCUGUGUGCCCUCCGGAACCUGCUGCCCCUCUACAGUCAGUCCGUGAGCAGUUUCCUGGUUGCCCUGGGUGAAGCUGACCGGACCCUCGCUGACACUCUACAGAGAGAGACGUCUGUCCUGGCAGAAUAGACAUAAGAGACAGUUCUUCACAGACAGAUUUCCCUGCUGUUUGCCACCUCCUGGGCCAGUUCUUUAUCCAGUAAUGGGAUUUGAUUUCUUGCCCCAGUCUGGCACAAAGGGUUAAAUGCAAAGUGCUCUGGUUGGGCUUCUAUAGGUUAAUCUGUUCCCUAACUCCCAUCAGCCCUUGCUACAAUAGGGUCACAAUUACAGUCAGGCUGUGCCUUUUCAUUGGCUGGGUGAGGAGGAUUAUGGGACAUGGAGAGGUGGUGACUGGCACAUUUAUGGUUAAUAUGUUUUUAUUCACUUGUUACUUAUAAGAGAAUAAAUUUAUGCAUUUUUGCUUUUUAAUUCCUUAA